AUGUCUGAUGUUGCUGCUGACACCAUCGCCCCUGGAGACAAAGCAGAAAUUACCGAGAUGCUCGAUAGUGAUUCUUUACCCAAAGAUGCAGAGGUGCGCUGUGAGUCAGCUAUGAUUUCAGAUGAGCCAACGCUGGCUGACCCCAGAGGAGAUGCACAUGAAAAUGCAGCCGUUCAGGGUGAGGAGGUUGCUGACGCUGCACACCCUGACCAGCCCGAAGACACCAGCGCCAUGGAUCCACCCCGCAACGGAGACGUGACUGAGGAGGUGCUUGCCGAAUGCAUUGAUGCCGUCAGCCUCGAGGCAGAACUUGGACCUGAAAUACCCCUGAAAGAACAGAAUAACCCGGCUGUGGAUUCCCCUCCACAAGGAGGUGGAUGGGCAGGCUGGGGAUCCUGGGGCAAGUCUCUGCUCUCAUCAGCAUCUGCCACAGUAGGUCAUGGAUUGACGGCAGUCAAGGAAAAAGCAGGGGCCCUACGGAUCCAUGGUGUAAAUUCUGGCUCUCCCGAAGGGGCCCAACCUGACACCGAAAAUGGCGUCCCUCCAACAGCAGAGACGGCCCCAGACAAGAGCCCAGAGGAAGGCCCGCCCACGUCCCCUUCGUCGGGGUCCCGGGGCAUGCUGUCCGCCAUCACCAAUGUGGUUCAAAACACAGGUAAGAGCGUCCUAACAGGCGGGCUUGAUGCUUUGGAGUUCAUCGGCAAGAAAACCAUGAAUGUCCUCGCAGAAAGUGACCCGGGCUUUAAGCGGACCAAGACACUCAUGGAAAGAACCGUUUCGUUAUCUCAGAUGCUAAGGGAAGCCAAGGAGAAGGAGAAGCAGAGACUGGCGCAGCAGGUCACGGCCGAGAGGACUGCACACUACGGGAUGCUGUUUGACGAGUACCAAGGUUUGUCACACCUGGAAGCUCUGGAAAUCCUAUCCAAUGAAAGCGAAAGCAAGGUUCAGUCAUUUUUAGCAUCAUUUGAUGGAGAGAAGCUGGAACUCUUCAAAAAUGACCUAAUUUCCAUUAAAGACAUCUUUGCAGCCAAAGAGUUAGAGAAUGAAGAGAAUCAAGAGGAGCAAGGCUCAGAGGAAAAGGGAGAAGAAUUUGCGAGGAUGCUCACAGAGCUUCUCUUUGAAUUGCAUGUUGCGGCCACGCCUGACAAACUCAAUAAGGCCAUGAAGAAAGCUCACGACUGGGUGGAAGACGAUCAAACUGUGGUGCCGGUAGAUGUGGCAGAAGAGACAGAAGAGGAAACUAAGAAGGAAGAAAAGGAAGAGAAACCUGAAAACCCUGAAGAGGGCGAAAAGCAAGAAAGGAGAACUAAGACAGUCGAGGAAGUAUACAUGCUGUCCAUCGAAAGUCUGGCAGAAGUCACAGCACGCUGUAUUGAGCAGCUUCACAAAGUAGCAGAAUUAAUUCUUCAUGGACAAGAAGAGGAGAAAUCAGCUCAGGACCAAGCAAAAGUGUUGAUAAAAUUAACCACUGCGAUGUGCAAUGAAGUGGCCUCCUUAUCAAAGAAGUUUACAAAUUCCUUGACCACAAUUGGGAGCGACAAGAAGGCCGAGGUCCUCAACCCCAUGAUCAAUAGUGUAUUGUUAGAGGGCUGCAACAGCACCACAUACAUCCAGGAUGCCUUCCAGCUGCUGCUGCCCGUUCUGCAGGUUUCGCAUAUCCAGGCCAGCCACUCAGAAGCACAGCCCUGA